AUGACUUCUCACGACGCUGAACUGUCUAGGAAUAUGGACAGGAUCACUCAGCUCCAGGACGGAAUCGACAAUCUCGUCACAAUCAUGUAUAGCACGCUUAGCUUCCUUUCCCGAAAGGCCGACUUCAAACAGCUCAACCCCGACAUCCCGAUCACUCAAGCCAUCGGUCCAGAAGGAACCCAGCCAACGCCCGAAUCUCUUACCCAAAAUUGCGAAGAACUGGUACAAGACUUUCUGCGGAAAGCUAAGCAGAUCGAAUACCUAAUCUCGAUCCUACCUCCACACGACAAUCACUCGAACCCUACCAAUCUUGAUACCCACCUUCCAUCCAACACUGCCCAAAACUCUUCCUCAUCCGAACCCCAAGCCACUCAGAAACCCAAAUCAACAACAGCCACUUCGCCCACACCCCAGCCGCCGAACCCCAAUCGAGCCGAGCUCGAAACCGAGAAUCAGACGUCAAAGACGGAGACUGAUGAGCCGGCUAAGCCCUUCGAAGCCGGGGACGAGGACGACGGGGAUGCGUUGGAAUUCGAACGACUACAAGCCGACGUAAAUGCUGCCCAAGAGGAAUAUGAUCGAGCCCUUCUCGAGGCAGAUUCUCUUCACAAAGAGAUCAAAACAGCCUUGGCUCAGAUCUUGGACCAUCGGGUUGAGCUGCUGUCGCAAUUGACAUGA